CUAGGAUAGUCAAUUUCUUGUGGCCUACGCUCUCAUCUCACACCACACACAAACCUUAAUCUCAAUUCUGAGGAUGGCUGCGAACGAUGGAUUCGACACGCUUCAAUACUUGUCGCUUCUCUCCAAGGUCUGCGUCGAGUUGGAGUCCCACACCGGCGCCGCCGACAAGGUCCUCGCCGAGUUCAUCAUCCAUUUGGCUCGUUCAUCCGACAACCUUCACCACUUCAACGCCGUACUCAACGACAACGGUGCCUUUUAUCCUGAUUACCUUGUCCGAACGCUUUUCACCCUUGUUCGCGCAGUUCUUGAACCCGUUAAGACAGAGUCCAAAGCCAAACAAGAGGACAGUGGCAGUUCUUCGUUGAAACCUCUCAAGAGAGUCUCCUCUCCUGAAAAAGGGGAAGCAAAACAGUUCACUGCCGCCGGAAACUUGAGUUCUACAUAUAAGGACGAGGAGGGAGAUGGGUUGCCACGCCAAGUAGAUGAUGAUGAUGAAGAUUUCGAGAUUGAGUUGAACGAUGAUGCACCUGCAUUCUUGCAGGGGCAAACCAAACACUCAAUGGACAUGUCUCCUCUCAAGAUUUUCAAGAAUCCAGAAGGUUCUCUGCUCCGCAGCGCGGCGCUUCAGUCUGCACUUGCUAAGGAACGAAGAGAAGUGCGAGAACAGCAGCACAGUUCACUAUUUGAUUCAAUUCCAAAAGAUCUCAAUCGAGCUUGGGAAGACCCUAUGCCAGAGAAAGGUGAAAGACACCUUGCUCACGAGCUUAGGGGUGUUGGUUUAUCUGCAUUUGACAUGCCGGAGUGGAAGAGGAGCAGCGGAAAAUCCAUUUCAUUUGGGCCAAAAUCAAAGCUUUCUAUUCCAGAACAGAGGCAGAGUUUGCCAAUUUAUAGAUUGAAAAAUGAAUUGGUUCAGGCUGUGCAUGAUAAUCAGGUGUUGGUGGUGAUCGGAGAAACUGGUUCUGGGAAGACUACUCAGAUUACCCAGUAUCUUGCUGAAGCGGGGUACACCACACAGGGGAAAAUUGGAUGUACUCAACCACGGAGGGCGGCUGCAGUGUCUGUUGCAAAGCGGGUUGCAGAAGAGUUCGGUUGUCGAUUGGGGGAGGAAGUUGGUUAUGCCAUUCGGUUUGAGGAUUGCACUGGACCGGAUACUCUCAUCAAAUACAUGACAGAUGGUAUGCUUCUUAGGGAAAUGUUAAUGGAUGAGACUCUAUCACGGUAUUCUGUUAUUAUGCUUGAUGAGGCCCAUGAAAGAACUGUUUAUACUGAUGUUCUUUUUGGACUCCUGAAGCUGCUCCUGAAGCGUAGGCCUGAGUUAAGAUUGAUCGUGACGUCUGCUACUCUGGAUGCCGAGAAGUUUUCAGGGUAUUUCUUUAACUGUAACAUCUUUACAAUACCUGGUAGAACUUUUCAUGUGGACAUACUUUAUGAUACACAGCCUGAGAGUGAUUAUUUAGAUGCAUCUUUACGCACUGUUCUGCAGAUCCACUUGAAUGAACCUGAAGGAGACAUUCUUCUCUUCUUAACUGGUCAAGAAGAGAUUGAUUUUGCUUGCCAAACUCUUGUUGAGAAAAUGAAGAAAUUAGGUAAGAAUGUUCCAGAGCUCGUCAUUUUACCGGUUUAUAGUGCUCUUCCUAGUGAAAUGCAGUACAGGAUAUUUGAACCUGCUCCACCUGGGAAAAGGAAAGUGGUUGUGGCUACUAACAUUGCUGAGGCUUCUUUGACUAUUGAUGGGAUAUAUUAUGUAAUUGAUCCAGGAUUUGCUAAGCAGAAUGUUUAUAACCCUAAGCAAGGUCUUGACUCUUUGGUAAUAACUCCAAUUUCACAAGCAUCAGCCAAACAAAGAGCAGGACGUGCAGGGCGUACGGGACCUGGGAAGUGUUAUCGUCUCUACACUGAAAGUGCAUACAGGAAUGAGAUGUCUCCCACUACAGUUCCGGAGAUUCAAAGGAUAAAUCUUGCAACAACUACUCUUAAUAUGAAAUCUAUGGGGAUAAACGAUCUAUUAUCCUUUGAUUUUAUGGAUUCGCCUUCCCCUCAGGCGCUUGUUUCUGCUAUGGAACAGCUUUACAGUCUUGGAGCAUUGGAUGAAGAGGGCUUGUUAACCAAACUGGGGAAGAAAAUGGCAGAAUUUCCUUUGGAUCCACCGUUGUCCAAGAUGCUACUUGCCAGUGUGGAUCUUGGAUGCAGUGAUGAGAUUUUGACCAUAAUUGCCAUGAUUCAAACCGGAAAUAUUUUUUACAGGCCAAGGGAAAAGCAAGGCCCAGCAGAUCAGAAGAGGGCAAAGUUUUUCCAGCCAGAGGGUGACCAUCUUACUCUACUUGCUGUUUACGAGGCUUGGAAAGCUAAGAACUUUUCAGGACCGUGGUGUUCUGAGAACUUUGUUCAAUCUCGUUCGUUGAGAAGAGUCCAGGAUGUCAGGAAACAGCUGCUCACUAUCAUGGAUAGGUACAAAUUAGAUGUUGCGAGUGCUGGAAUUAACUUCACCAAAGUGACGAAGGCUAUCACAGCAGGAUUCUUUUUCCAUGCUGCUAGAAAGGACCCUCAGGAAGGUUACAGAACCCUGGUUGAGAACCAGUCUGUAUAUAUCCAUCCAAGCUCAGCUUUGUUCCACAGACAGCCAGACUGGAUCAUCUACCACGAGCUUGUGAUGACAACGAAGGAAUAUAUGCGUGAGGUCACUGCCAUAGACCCUAAAUGGUUAGUUGAAUUGGCUCCAAGAUUUUUCAAAGCUGCAGAUCCCACAAAGAUGAGCAAGCGAAAGCGUCAAGAACGUAUACAACCACUUCAUGGUGCAUCGGAACAAUGGCGUUUGAGUAAACGCCGUGCAUGAGAUGUAAUUUAUCUGCUUCCUCUUGAUGCAAUGUCUUUUAUACUGUAAUAUAUAAUUGUAUAUAGUUUAAAACUUAGAAAUUUUCCAUGAAGAAUGAUAUAAACGGAAACUUAUAAAUAUUUUCAUUUUGUACUGUUACUCCAAAAGCUUAAUAUACGAUAUGCCAUGCUAAAUUCCAAAUGUAAUUCGAUUGAAUUC